AUGCCAUGGCUCGUCGCCCCCGGGCACUACGUCAGCCUCCACGACGCCGCCAUCUACCGCGUCCCGCUGCCCGAGGACGCCGCCGCUGCCAUCUGCCGAGGCUCCUUCGGCGACUGGCUCGCCCUCGUGCCGCCGGUGUCAGGGCGCCCCUUCUUGCUGAACGCUUUCACCAAGGAGCGGAUCAAGCUGCCACGGCGGACGAAAGAGCCGAUGAAUAAGUUUGUCAUGUCGUCCGCGCCGGAUGCCAAGGCUUGCACUGUGGCUGCCAUUGUUGAGAUUGGAAACAGCCCUUAUAUAAGGAGAUUUAAGAUCGUCUUCUGCCACCUGAGGAGGGGACGACGACAAGGGCGCUCCUGGGAGAUCCUGACUAAGGCGUUCCAGCUCCAAGAUAUCAUCUUCUUCGAGGGGAAACUCCAUGCCCUUGACAUCCAAGCCCGCCUCCAUGUCUUUGAGGAAGAAGACCUCCAACAGCGCCCUGAUCAGCGAUGGAACAUGCCGUCUGCGGAGCAGCGAUUCUUCGACGUCACGCUGCACCUGGUUGUCCUCCAUGGGAGGCUGCACGUGGUCGGCAGGGGCUUACGUACGACCCGGUGGACGCACUUCACGAACGCAAUAGGGGUGUUCACGCUCGUCGGUGAGAUGGCGAAGUCGCCAGCAGUGGUCAAGGACUUUGACGGGCACGCGUUCUUUGUUAGCGACGCCUGCUGUGACGCUUUCGCUGUUGAGGCAGCCGCUUCAGGCCGCAGGAUAAGAGAGAACCAGAUUUACUUCGUUGACGACGAGAAGAACGUGGCGUUGCUGACCGCCCGCGGCCGCCGGCCUUUCCAGAUGCUGCAAUCCUACGACGUGCGCAACAGCUGCCUCCGAGCAUACGUACCCAGCACCGCCGUGGUGGGGACUUGGCGCUGCGUCACAGCACAGCGCUUCCCGCACAGCAGCACCAUCGGACCACCGUUGCGGGAGUCUCUGUCGGAGGCGGAGCUGCUUCUGUGGGACGUGGCCAACUGCCUGGGAGCAUGGGGCCAGCCCUCAUAUACAACGCGCGAGCAGGAAGACGGCGCAAGGGUCGCCGUGACCGUGCGGAUAUGGGUGCCCAAGACAUCAAAAAUGUCUGUGGAGGAAGAGCACUACUGGAGGUUUACAAAGUACCGGAAGUCAGCCAAGAAAGCUAAGCAGGCGGCGGCGCACGAGGCCGUUACGUUCCUGCGGAGUCGGUUCCGCAGCAUCCUGGACGACAGUCCCUGGAGCUCCGUCCCUCACUACCAUAGCCAUGUCGAUGAGGAGGAGGAAGCACCGGAAGAAGACAGCGACGACCGCGACGGUUUGUUUGGGUAUAAAUAUUGGCAGAGAGACUUGUACUAA